UCUACCUGGGCGAGACGUUCUGUGCUUACGUGUCUAUAGUCAACACCUUGCCAUUCUCCAUCCUCCUCUUCGAGGCUCACGCCUCUCUGAAAGCUUCGCGAGGCAACGAAGUGCAGUUGCAGAACACGGUAGCAACCCGGCAGGCUGAUCUUGUCGGGGAUGCGCCUCCUCCUGUACCUGACCAGUGGGGAGGGUUAGGGGUGCGUCGGGAUCGGCCGCUAGAGCUGCGACCGGGCGAGAACUUGGACGUUGUGGUAGAGCAUGUGCUGCAAGAGCUAGACUGGCAUUACCUGGCCAUCAAUCUGGAACUUGCCCCGACGUCGAAUACGGGGACGAGAACUGGCGGGGAGGCCCCCAGGGUGAUGAUGAAGCGUUUCAAAUUCAAGGUGUCCAACCCUGUCGCCCUGACAACCACACAGAGAGUCUUGCCCUCGGGCCAGGUGCUCGUGCAGGCACAGAUCAAAAACAUCACGGAGCGACACACCAAUCUCUUCCUGGAGGACGUGACGUUCCUGGCGGCCGACAGGCUGCAUUCGGAGGCGGUGGGGUUGGCGCCGAAUGGGCGGUCGGCGUUGGGGGCGAUGGAGCAAUGGGGCGACCGAAGCCCGGAGGCAACACUUCCGUCCGAGGAAAGGGAAAGCGAUCCACUCGACUGUGUGGCAGCCUUUGACCGACACGUGUACCUGCAGCCGGAAGAUGUGGCGCAGUUCCUCUACCGCCUGUCUUACCGGGCCGAAGACACCAGGGGCCCGCCCGAUCAGGACGGGAUGCAAGCGUCAUCUCCCGUCGCUCGCACCACCUUGUCUACAGGGACACCCCUGGGGCAGCUGCGGGUGUCUUGGCGCACUACCUUGGGCGAAAGUGGCACCUUGUUGAGCCCCCUGGUUGAGUGCUCAAGUGCCGUCGCCUCCACCGCCCCGCCGGUCGAGCUACGGCUGUCGCGGCCUUUGCGCGCACUUCGGAGAGAAG